CAUUUCCAACGAUGUGGUUCGAAAUCCUGCCCUCAUUUGGCAUCAUUGUAGUGGCAACUGCCCUCCCAGGCUACGCCCUGUACGGAAUACACAAAUUGGUGUUCAAUAACGCUUUCCGCCGCGGAACUAACGAGAGAUGGGAUCGCAUGCUGUACCAGAGGGACAUAAGAUUGACCAAAAAUCCAUAUCUCGUCAAUGGCCUGGAGGCGAUUCCGGAUGAGCCCUAGAAGACGAAAUAAGCACCUAGGGAGGAUUUUAGAUUGAGCUCCAAGUUAUGUAAAUGUUUAAAAGAGUUUAAAGAGGGAUAAUAAAUCCAGGAAAAUCACA